AGGUGGGCGAGAUGCCCGCCAGCGUGCUAUCCCCUGGGGAGCAAGAGCUGAGACUUCCUCCGUACCCGCCGGCAGCCACCCGCCACCCUCCCACCGCCACCAUGGUGCACUGGACAGCCGAAGAGAAGCAGCGCAUCACCAACAUCUGGGGCAAGGUCAAUGUGGCCGACUGCGGUGCCGAGGCCCUGGCCAGGCUGCUGAUCGUCUACCCCUGGACCCAGAGGUUCUUCUCUUCCUUCGGGGACCUCUCCAGCCCCGGUGCCAUCGUCAACAACCCCAAGGUCCGCGCCCAUGGCAAGAAAGUGCUCACCUCCUUCGGCGAAGCCGUGAAGAACCUGGACAACAUUAAGGGAACCUUCGCCCAGCUGUCCGAGCUGCACUGCGACAAGCUGCACGUGGACCCCGAGACCUUCAGGCUCCUGGGUGACAUCCUGGUCAUCGUCCUGGCUGCCCACUUCGCCCAGGACUUCAGUCCCGAAUGCCAGGCUGCCUGGCAGAAGCUGGUCGGUGCCGUGGCCCAUGCCCUGGCCCGCAAAUACCACUAAAUCGUCAGCAGGACCGUCCCGGCAGCGUCUUCCCGCAGCGUGUUGUGCACCAGCUGACACCCUGCUCCGGAGCUGACCGCCUCUAACAGCCAAAUAAAGCUCAUCUUGUGAAGCC